UUUCACCAGCCUGGUGAUGCAAAUGUGCAAACAAUGAAGGGUUUCACAAGUCACCAGUAAGUAAUGGAAAUAUUCCCCUUUAACCCUGCAUUGAAAAGCAGUAAACACAAGCUGGAGAGUUUGUUGUGAGUGUUCCUGUCUGCGCAGUGAGCGCAGCACUGACGCGCAUGAAGCUGCGCAGCUGCGCCAUAUUGAGCCGACCACCGUUUAUUCAACCAUCAAGGAUGUUUAGGGGCUCCCAGGUCCUGGUUUGGUCUUGUCCCCUAAGGCCAUUGCUGCUAUUGAGAGAGUCCCACCUCUCUGGUUUCUGUGAGCACACUGCUGCUGGAUGGCAGGGUGCAAGAGAUGCCAAGAGAAGGAGAUAUGAGGGGUCAUCAUCAUCAUCAUCAUCCACGGAGACUGUUUCUGGCUCAACACAGCUGUCUUUAUUUAACUUGAACUGUGACAAUCAGAAGCAGAGAGAGGCUUUGUUUCAAAACCUCUCUCCCCAAACCAAUUCGUCCAGCCAUCAACACCUCCCUCAGGUUUUUGUUUCUGGACACCCCAAAGCUGUGAGCACUUACCAAGACUGUUUAAUCAACACAACUUGCCUUCAACAAUGGAGAAGGCCUUGGGACGUUUGCCAACCUUCACACAGUUCCACCUAUAAGACUCAGUGUGACCUUCUCCAAAGUCGUUUAAAUUGCAGACAGCACCUUGUUAGACCUUUCAGCUCGUCCACACGUGCGCCAUGGAUUUUGAACAACUUUCACAGUAGACGACAACCCUCUGGCAUCUUUUCUCAAAAAAACAGAGCAGUUCAUCAGGCCGCCCCGCACGUGGCCGACGGCUGGAGGGACUGUCUUUCCCUGAAGAAUGAAAACAGGUGUCGACAGAGCCUGGGGCCCAAUUUGAAGCUAUACGAGGCCGGGAAAAAGAGUGCAAAUCAGAACCAGGGGAGGUGGGCGUCAGUCCUGGUCUCUCUGUGCUCGAAUCAGGGGGAGCCGGCGGUUCUUUUCACCCUUCGCUCCAGCACUUUGAAGGGCCGGCACAAGGGAGAUGUCAGCUUUGCAGGAGGAAAGAGUGAUCCAUCGGAUAGCGAUGUGGUGGCCACGGCGUUGAGGGAAGCCAGGGAGGAGCUGGGGGUUUCUGUGGCAACAGAGCAGGUCUGGGGCAUCUUGAAGCCUCUCAGAGACAUGUCGGGGAUGAUGAUCGCUCCUGUGCUGGCCAACCUCGGCCCAAUAGAGGAGUUGUCCUUCAAGCCAAACCCAGGAGAGGUGGAGGAGAUUUUCACCUUGUCCUUAUCCCACCUGUGCGACCCUCAGAACCGCGGCUACACACACUUCCGCACCGGCGACAAGUACGGAUACACUGUACCAGUGUUUCGCAACGGGAAGCACCGAGUGUGGGGCCUGACAGCCAUCGCCCUGGACCAUACCCUGAAACUCAUUGUCCCUUCUUAGCAGCACCUCAACCUG